AUGGGAGAGGAUAUCACGAGGGAGCAACUGACCCAGGAGCACCCAAUUGCAGUUGCUCAACACCAGGAUAAAAUUUCCCAACCUCCAGAUGAGAAAGCUCCCUCCACUACCAAGGGCACCGAGAAGGCCGGCCUCAAAACUAUCUUCAAGGCUUUCUCCUCAGACAAGUCUGCAAAGAUUACCGCCACAACGGAGCCCCACCACCGCUUCGCCCUUGUUCCCGACGCACCAGGCGGCCAUGAGCACUAUCUGAAAUCGAGUCACCGGCAAGAGAAACUCUCUGACAUGUGGAGAUCCCUCUUAGGCCGGAAGCAGAAGCCAGAGGCCGAUCAGGACCUUUCGCUUGUCUCCAACUGGGUCGAUUCACUAAAACUCGAGAAUGAAUUGGCCGGCGAUAAGAAGGGUGGACCUAAUGCGUCGUCCACCCUAGUCGAGAAGUACGGAACAUGCCAGGAAGUGGUCGGCCGCGGCGCCUUUGGCAUCGUCCGAAUUGCGCACAAAAAGGUGGGUGGCAACGUCGACCAGCUCUUCGCUGUUAAGGAGUUCCGUCGCCGACCCGACGAGACAGAGAAGAAGUACAGUAAACGCCUUAUUUCUGAGUACUGUAUAUCAUCUUCUCUUCGACACCCGAAUAUUGUCCAUUCCCUCGACCUACUGAAAGAUAGUAAAGGUGACUACUGCGAAGUUAUGGAGUUCUGUGCUGGUGGUGAUUUAUAUACCCUCAUUCUCUCAAGUGGCAAGCUGGAGGUUGAGGAGUCCGACUGCUUCUUUAAACAACUAAUACGAGGCCUGGAGUAUAUGCAUGAGAUGGGCGUUACACACCGCGACCUCAAACCAGAGAAUCUCCUGCUCACCACCCACGGCAAUCUUAAGAUCAGCGGCUUUGCCAAUGCAGAGUGCUUCCGAAUGGCCUGGGAGACGGAUGCUCAUAUGGUCUCGGGCCUGUGUGGCUCCGCGCCGUACAUUUCUCCCGAGGAGUAUACGGACAAGGAGUUCGAUCCUAGAGCCGUCGAUGCCUGGGCCUGUGGCGUCAUCUAUAUGGCUAUGCGAACAGGUCGCCAUCUCUGGCGCCAAGCCAAGAAGGAUGAGGAUGAAUUCUACGCUCGCUAUCUAGAAGGUCGAAGGGAUGAGGAGGGCUACGGACCUAUAGAGUCCCUACAUCGGGCACGAUGUCGAAACGUCAUCUACUCGGUUCUGGACCCUCAUCCUACCCGUCGCUUGACAGCUACCCAAGUCCUCAAGUCGGAAUGGGUUCGUGGAAUCAAGCUAUGCAGGGCUGGUGAAGAGGCUCUGUAA